AUGCCAUUUAUAGGGAUAUGUGGUGAUAUUUGUUCUGGAAAACAGACUAUUGCCAAUUAUCUAGUAGAAAAAAUGAAUUUUUCUAUUUUAAAAUUGCAAAAUAAAAAUAAUGAUAGCUUCAAAUUAAGUAGUUUCAGUCCUUUAUCUAAUAACUCUAAGUGCCUAUGUAAAGAAGAAGGAAAGACAUUUGAGAAUGCAAUUCAAAUGCUUAAUUAUGUGACUAGUCAUUGGAGAGAAAGAUUUGUAACUAUAGAUAUUUUUACUGAAGAAGUAUUAAAUAUAUUUACUAAAAGGCCUUUUUUCUUAUUUAUCAGUGUAAGCUCUCCAAUAAUGCUUAGGUGGGACCGCUAUAAGAAAUGCUAUAAAUAUCGGAAUUCACAUUUACUUACUUUGGAACAAUUCAUUCAGCAAUCAGAUGAUUUCUUUUUCAAUUCAGAGCGUGGAAUAGUUCAUUUAUUUAAUAAGGCUCAAAUAAAAAUUAUAAAUAAUUAUAAUUCUAUACCUGAGUUUUAUAAAGUUCUUCAUCGCAUUGAUUUAAUUAAUGAAAAUCGGUUUCGUCCUUCUUGGGAUUCAUAUUUCAUGUAUUUAGCAUCUUUAGCAGCUCUUAGAAGUAAUUGUAUGAAGAGGAGAGUUGGCUGUGUUCUUGUCCGAAAUAAACGGGUUAUAAGUACAGGGUAUAAUGGGACACCUAGAGGAUUUAUCAAUUGUAAUCAGGGCGGAUGUAAAAGGUGUAAUGAAGACGGAGGAAGUGGGCAAGAUCUUGAGACAUGUUUAUGUCUUCAUGCUGAAGAAAAUGCAUUACUAGAGGCAGGAAAGGAAAGAAUAGCCAAUGAUUCUGUGCUUUAUUGUAAUACUUGUCCAUGUUUAACAUGUUCGAUUAAAAUAACGCAACUGGGAGUUCGUGAGGUGAUAUUUAAUUGUUCUUAUUCAAUGGAUAAUCAAUCAUCAAAAAUAUUUUCUCAGUCUGGAGUUAUUUUACGUCAGCAUAUUGUAUCUCAAGAAAUAACGUUUUUUUAA